ACUGUACGGUUUGGCUGCGCACACCGAUGUGCGCAGUGUGACACCCUCUCGCUUUCGCUUCCUGAUAGCGAGGUCGCGUCAAAUAAAUAGUCCCCGUUUUGUCUCCGGAUUCUUCUUCAGGCCACGGUCACGCCAUAGGCUCGACGGAAAUUCGACACCGAAGAGGUGACUGAACGGUAAUUGUAGACGUUUUGCAAUUAAUAUUUCUAACUUUUGACCUAACGUCCUGGAGAACAGCUAAGCUAACGUAGCUUAGGUAACGUCUGGAGCAGGGGUUAGUUCACAUGUUCAUUAUUCAGUGAAAACACAAAAGCUCUUCUAUAAACUCCAGAACUAGCUUUACUAAAUUCUGUUUUUAAUGCGCACAAAGUCGCUUUAUCUACUCGCUGUGUGAGCUUUUGUGAUCAAACAUGAGUGACCGAGGUGUCAGCUGUCACACGUAGAAACAACGCAGUCGGUCUGCUCUGUUGGUGUUUCCCCAGUGAGACUGCGAGUUUUAUUGUCUUACCUCAAUGCUUUCCGACAUUUCUGGAAAUGUUUGUACCAGUCGUUACCGUGUUAUGAUUCAGCUCAAGUUAAGACAUUGUCCGUAAAGCCGAGCUGUGACUCGAUAUCACAUGCUAAAAAAAUCACUCACGCAAUUCAAAAACAAUGUUGUGCGAGGAAUUUUGUAGGACUGUGUGAAUAAAACAAAACGCUGCUUUGCUGUUCAUCUGCUGAUUGAGUUUUUCAGAGACAGUCGACACUUAUCUCAGUCCAAAGGUCACAAAUUGCAACCUUCAAUAAAGUAAAUACACCGCCAUUGAUCGCGAUAAUCAAUUAAUAUAAUCUGAACUGGUUCUAAGGUGCAAUAGUCACAACAUAGCUCAUAUGUUAAGAUAAAGCGUUGUGCUUUCGUUCAGAAUUAGUGUUUAAGACAGCCUCGCUGAAAAAAAAAAGUUUAAAAUUUACACUAAGUUGUUUGCUGUUCUUGUGCUUUGCGCGUUACUGCUUUUCCUAUUAACUUUCAACACAUCGUUGUGAAUGUUACACAUGUGAUCCUAAGUAAAGACAGAAAACCUUAGUAACCAGAGGCUGUGUGGCUGAUGUUAGGUAAACAGAAGUGCCUCCCUUUUGAGAAGUAUGCAUAAAUGGAGGUGUGGUGUGCUUCUCACGAUGUGUUGUAACAUAAUGUCUCAUGUUUUGGGUAUACAGUACAAACCAAAUGUUUAUACAUACAUAAACAGUAUUGAUUCCAAACUGGGAAAUUCCCAUGUUACAGCAGCAAUAAAAAAACUAAAUAACAUUAAAUAUAAGAAGUAUGUACAAUACAGACUAAAUAUAUACAAUAAAUACAAACUAAAUAUACUUAACAUCCUAAGAGAAAAAAGUGGGCUAUUCACUGGUAGUACUAGUAGUUUGCCCUCUAAAACAUACAAUGUUGCCCCUCUGUCUCCAUCACUUAUCAUAUAUGGCACCACACUUAUUGAUAAACAGUAUGGUCAUUACUGUGACAUGGCUUUAUUGAGCAUGAUUUCUAAUUGAUGUCCUCAGGUACACUGUGUGCUGUUAGGCUACACCCUGUGCAAAACUCGUAUACAGCAAUGUACCAAGCCUGUAGACAAUCCCUCCUCUCUGGUGCCCAUCCCUCACAUGGAAUAUUCAGUGUUUCCAUGUGAUACAGUUUGGCUGCUCCUCUUAAAGGCACAGUGAUGCUGUAAUAGCCUUGUAGAGUUCCACUCAGCCUCUGCAAAUGCUGGUGGUAAACGGACUACCUUUUAACCGUGCUUUAAUGUUCUUUUUAUAUUUUUUUUGUUUUAAAUUAUUAGCUUCUUAGUUUUCCAUUUCCCUUGUCAAACAAUUAUAUCUACCCAUCAGUGAAGAUGUAUUUGCUCUUUAACCUCUGACAUCAUUUUUCUGUUUUUUUCUGCAAAUUUUGUCAACUCCACAGCUUCCUAUCUUAUUGAGUCAUGUUUGAUCCCGAACAAGAUGGCCACUUGGAGGCGGAUUUCCUGAAUGAUUUUUCAGGCUUUAACAGACGCCUGGAUUCAUUCCGUGACUUCCCCUUGGCCAAGCAGGUGUCAGCAGAAAGACUGGCCCGAGCAGGCUUUUACUUUACCGGCCACGCCGAUCGUGUUCGAUGUUUCAGUUGCAACAAGACUGUGGAGAAGUGGGGUGCAGGAGACACACCUGUGGAGAGGCACAAAGAGGUAGUUAUUUUACAAAUGAAAUACAAAAUGUGAUUAGUAUUCAUUAAUUUUAUUAUUUUCUCCAAAUAUGUAAAUCUUUCUUCCCAUUUUACAGGUUUCCCCAACAUGCAAGUUUCUCAGCUGCAUUCACCGCCCAAAUCUGAGCUUGAUAGGUUAUGAUACAAAUCUGACCAAUGGUUCCACCUACAAUGAGGCAGCUGAAGAUAUGGAAUACCGUUUAAGAACAGGAGAGGUGGUUGAUGAGUCCACUUAUCCAAUGGUCCCGCACAUGAGGAGUGAGGAGGCCCGGCUUCAGACCUUCUCAGGUUGGCCCUCUACAGCUCCUGUGAGGCCCCAUGAUCUGGCUGAAGCUGGCCUCUUCUACUUAGGAGAGAGAGACCGGGUGAAGUGCUUCUGCUGUGGUGGCAUGCUGGCUGGCUGGGAAGCAGGAGACACCGCUUGGGAAGAACACAGCCAUCAUUUCUCCAACUGCUUCUUUAUCCUCGGGCACGAUGUGGGCAACAUCCCGUUACAAAGGAGUACAGAAGAGGGUGGCAGCAGACAGCGUGCUGUCAAUCAUGUUCACAUGGGGACUUUGGAGGAGAGGCUUGGCACCUUUGCAGGCAUCCAGCACCCUAUAAACCAUGAGAGGCUUGCCAGAGCAGGCUUUUACAGCACAGGUAGAACCCUCUUUCUUAAAGGGAAAAUAACAAGGAGACUAAUGAAACCUUGAGCAACAUCUUUAACAUUUAGCAUUUCAGUAUUUUCUCUGGUAUUUGAUCAGGGCUACAAAUAAAAGCAAGGUUAAUCUAUGUCUGCCCUUACAGGUACAGCAGACAGGGUGUUGUGUUUCAGUUGUGGUGGAGGUCUGAAAGGCUGGCAGCCUGAGGAAGACCCCUGGGAAGAACACGCCAAACACUACCCUGGGUAAGAACAACACUGGCUACCCUCUUCCUAACUCUUAAUAAUGAUGUGGCAUUUGCUUUGGCUUGAUAAAAAGUCUUGUUGUUCUUUUUAAUCAGGUGCAGCUUCCUGUUGGCAGAAAAAGGACAAGAAUUUGUUAACAGCAUCCAGCUACAAGACCCUCAGGGAAAGAGAGCUGUAAGUAUUCGGUGCCUCUGCACCCACGCAAGGAACAAAGAUAUUUGUGGCAUCUGACAUGAAACCAAAUGUGAAAAAUGCAUGAAAACCAGAAACUAGAUUCCCUUUAUCAGGGUAAGGAGUUGGCGAAGCACAGCAAUUUUAUGACGUUAUUUCCCAAACUUGGUUUCUAACAUGUUUCCUUGACACAUAUUUGCAUAAUAAAGUCACAGGACAGCAGUGUGGUUAAAGAAGUAUGAAUUAUUACUCACAGACACACACUGCAACUCUGCAACAAUGCCAGAACAAAGUUCCACCAUAACUUCCCUUUUUCACUUCAACCUUGUACCCUAAAACUACAGAAGAUUGGUGUCUGAGUGUGUGAUUCCACAGAAACACACAGCAGGAGCGCUACAUACAUAGCCACCAUCUUUCCCCCUUUACGCCUCUGCAGCUACCAUCAAUGUGUGCUUCAUAUUGCAGACAGUUUGAAGAUGGGGUGAAUAUAUCUCAGCUUGAAAUGGCAGAAUGCGAGAGCCUGUUAGCUUGAGUUUUUGAACGUAACCUAAAGUAUUGCUACAUCUGAACUAAAAACAAAGCCACUUUUCCUAACUGAACUCUGUAUAACAAAUGACAGCAAAGUCUUCAAAUACUUAAUCUUUUUUUUUUUUUUUUUUAAUUACAGAUUGGUUAGGUGAAAAAUAUAGUUUAGGAAUAACUAAAGGGAAAUGUGGUUUUUGGUGUAGUCUACUGAAUUGCUACAAAAAGUUGAGAUUAAGUGAAAAGUUUUGUCUCAAAGUAAUUCUUACAUGCCAUGAGUGCUUUGGGGCACAUUUGGCAAGCAUGUUGUCCAUUUCAACUAAUUUUCUUAUGGGGAUCGAUUAAAUUCUUUUAUUUUAUUGUGUUUUGCCAACGAGACUAAGGCUGCCCCCUACCAGACACGCACACACAUAGAAAAAUGUGGGUAUGGAUCUCUUGGCAGCUAUAAUAUGAAUAUGGAUACAAUGUGGGUUGAUGGAACAGUUACAGAAGGAUAUAACUCAAUUCUAGUGUGGGAAUGCGUUUUGAACAGUCGACAAAUAGAGGACUGUUUUGAUUGGACAAUUAUAGAUCUUUAAAGAUUGUUGUUUUACACUGCUUUGAAAAUGAAAUAUUUUUUCUUUCCAGGCUUCAAGUCAUCAGAAUGGAUUUUCAGGACAUAAGACUGGUAAGAAAUAACUUAUUGUCAAUUUGAGGAUGAUUGUUUUGAUAUUAACAUUGCAAUACUUACAGUGUACAAUAAAGAAUUGCAUCUAAGGUUGCUGAAAAGAACAAGCUGCUACAUAAACUAACGUUUCCUUUUUGUGUUCAGAGGUGCUGAACUCCUCUGUAGCUCAGAAGGCCCUGCUGAUGGGUCUGGAGCCAAGUGUGGUGGAAAAGACCAUCUUGGAGAAAAUCAAUAGAACAGGCGUGGCAUACUCAAACCUAGAGGAGCUUGUGGAAGAUUGUUUCAACACACAAGAAAACAAUUCAGCAAAAUCACAAGAGCAAGGUACUUUUUAGAAGUGUGUUCACUGGAUAAACUGAUGAUGGAGAACGGUGAUCUAUUUAUGAGCAACUACAUUUACUAUAUUUCAAUUUUUUUAUAGAUGAAGAUCCACUGGAGAAACUGCGGAAGCUGCAGAGAGAGAAACAGUGCAAAAUUUGUAUGGACAGAGAUAUUUGUAUUGUCCUCAUACCAUGUGGUCAUCUGGCCACCUGCAAGGAGUGUUCGGAGUCACUCACCAAGUGUCCAAUCUGCUGCGGAGCCAUAACACAGAAGAUCAAGGCUUACAUUGCUUAAGGGAAUCACAUACACUUACACCAUGCCCAUGCUGCUUUCUCAAUAUUUUAAUAUUUUAUUUUAAUAAUUAAUGUAGAUAGCCUGUAAUAUAUAUAAAUGAAGACCAUGUUGUUUAUUUGAGUAAGGCAGGAAGAAUGAGUGCACGUCACAAGAAAACACUAUUUUCGUUAUCACUUGAUCCUUGAUAGUUGUUGAUAAUGAGAUGGCUUGUUUUAAAUAGCAGAUGUUAAUAAUCUUGGCCAUCAGAGUAUUGCCACCUGUAAAUAUGUAUGAAAGGAAAUUUCCCAUUUAAAAACAGUCUUUCCAGAAGUGCCUUUUUCUAGGUUUAUAUUGUUCUGUCUUUUUUUCUUUGGUUUGGAAUGUUAAAUCAGUCAGUUACACAUACAUACGCAUCAUUUAUUAUAUUCCAGUGUACCUAAUGUAAUAUAUCCCAUUUGCUGCUCUGUAUGGGAAGGUAGGUAGAAUUGAACUUUUUACUGACAAAAUUCACUUUGGUUCAGGGCCUCAAGGUAAUCUGUGUGUUGUGAAAUAAAUUCAUUAUUCCAUCAA